AUGGCAGAGGCUCUGGUUUAUUUAGCUGUUGAAAGAAUUGCUAAUUUGCUCAUUGAUGAGGCAGGUUUUGAGCAUGGAGUGAAGGAGAAAAUUGUGCGCCUGCAAGAUGAGCUGAAGCGGAUGCAGUGCUUCUUGAAAGAUGCAGACCAAAGGCAAGAACGGGAUGAGCGCGUGCGCAAUUGGGUAGAUGAAAUCAGAGAAGUUGCCUAUGAAGUUGAAGAUGUCAUUGAUACCUUCAUUCUCCAAGCUUCAACAGGUAGAGGAAAAGGGCUAUGCGGAUUCUUGAAGAGGCUAACAUCAACUUUUGCCAAGGGUCCUCAUCUCCAUCAAAUUGGGACUAGGAUCAAAUCUAUAAAAGCAAAGAUAGGGGACAUUUCUACUGGUAUGCAGACUUAUGGGAUCAAAUUUGUUGGGGAUGAAACGGGCCCUAAUUCUGCAAAUGAGAUGCAACAACGACUGCGAAGAUCAGAUCCGUAUGAUGAGGAAGAACAUGUUAUCAGCUUGGAGGGCUGCAGAAGAGAUCUUAUGGCACAGUUGAUGACAGAGGAGGAUCAACUCCGUGUUGUUGCGCUAGUGGGCAUGGGAGGACUUGGCAAAACCACUCUUGCCAAGAAUGUAUUUAAUCACAUGGAGAUCAGGCGGCACUUCGACUGUCAUUCCUGGGCAUUCUUAUCUCAACAGUUUUCACCAAGGGAUGUUUUGUUUGGAAUCUUGAUGGAAGUUACCACUGAACAGGAUAGAUUAACCUUGGCAAGCAUGAAAGAGGAAGAGCUGUUUAAAACACUUAAAAAUGUGUUGAAGGGGAAGAGAUACCUGGUUGUCCUUGAUGAUAUAUGGGAUGAGAAGGCAUGGGAUGUUUUAAAAUGCACUUUCCCUAAAGGAAAGAAGGGAAGCAAAGUUCUGCUUACCACCCGCAUCAAAGAAGUUGCUUUAUAUGCUGAUCCAUGGUGCUCUUUGGUGGAACCACCAUUUCUGACAAUUGAACAGAGUUGGGAACUGCUUAUCAGGAAAGCAUUUCCUAAAGAUAUCAUGGACAAACGUAGUUACCCACCAAAAUGUGAGAGGCUGGGGAAGAAGAUGGUAAGAAAAUGUGGAGGCCUACCUCUUGCAGUAGUUGUACUUGGAGGCUUGUUGGCUAAUAAGUCGAUGAAAGAGUGGGAGGUGGUGCAGAGAGAUAUAAAUACACAAUUCAUCAAGUUGCAGCAGCAUUAUCAAUAUGCAGGAGUGAAUUGGAUAUUAGCUUUGAGCUACGGUGAUCUGCCUUGUCACUUGAAACCUUGUUUUCUCUAUCUUUCACAAUUUCCGGAGGACUCAGAGAUUCAGAAGAAAGCAUUAAUUCGAAUGUGGAUUGCCGAAGGCUUUGUACUGCCAGCACUAGAAGGAGCAGACGUGACAUUGGAAGAUGUAGCUGAAAAAUAUUUAGAAGACCUUGUUAGUAGGUGCAUGAUUCAAGUUAGUCAUAGGGACCAUACUGGCAUAAGUAUCAAAACAAUCCGAAUUCAUGAUCUUAUGCGAGACAUGUGUUUGUCAAAAGCAAAAGAAGAUAAUUUUCUCAAGAUUGUUAAACAUCGAGAGGACACCACAACAAACAGUUCUUCCAACAUCCUGCACAUAGGAACAACCAAGACCCGCAGAAUUGCUGUUCAUCCUUGCAUACAUCCAAACGAUGUUAAUAAGAGGUCUUAUGCACCCUUGGUAAAAUGCGAUCCACACCUUCGGACUCUUCUCUACUUCGUUGAAAAGUACAGGUAUGGCAUGACAAGGCAGCAAGAAGUAUUUGUUUUUAAGAAUUUUAGACUGCUCAGAGUCCUGAAUCUUCAGGAUGUCCAUCUGUACGGUGGAUGCAUAGCUAGAGAAAUCUGCAAUUUGAUUCACUUAAGAUAUCUUGGAUUGAGAAAUACUAAGUUGCGCAGACAGAGCAAGUGCAUCUCUUCAAUGUCCACAUCAUUGCCAGCAUCCAUAGGUAACCUGAGGAGUUUAUACACUUUGGAUCUGAGGUAUAAUUAUUGGCUAAGAUUACCUGUUACCUUGUCUAAAUUAGAAAGUUUGAGACACUUGUUAGUAGACAGAGAUGAUGUGGGGCAUUUUCGGUUAGAUACGCUAAGAAACCUAGAGACUUUGACAUGGAUUGAAGCUAAAAAUAUUAUUAGAAAAGAUGCAGUGUCCAAAUUGACCAAUCUUCGAAGUUUAGGAAUAUACUUUGAAACAAGAUAGGAAGUUGAGGUAGUUUUAA